AUGUUCGGCAAAAAAACGUCCGUGAAAUCCGGACAUGAACGGAAUGGCAGUCCGAGGGUUAUCGAGGCGUUGCCCGAGGUGGCCCUAGCAGCCAUCGUGACGUACAAAAAGCAAAAAGAACUCGGAGACUUUAUGAGUUUCCUUCUCACAGCGCUCGAACGGAACUCGGACUGGCUCAAUGCGGUCGUCGGGAAGCAAGCGAACUUUAAAUGUGCCUUAAUGGUCGGAGCCGGCCCCAAUAGAUUUCAGAUCCAGGAAAUAAUCUACCCGACCAGCGAGAGCGAUAUCAAAUUAGAAGUGGAACUACGGGAUUCUGAAGAUUACGACAAAUUGGCCAUCACUGCAAUUCUGAAGUUGAGCAACUUUGAAAUUGACAAUUUACUCAUGUACAUCAAAAAUCGUCUACACGAAAACCAAGUUUUGAGAGAUGAUUUGAUAAAAGGCAAAUCGAUGGGCGUGAAUUUUGCAGUUUUAAGACCAUUGAGCGAUAAACAAUAUAGAGUAAUGGAGAGAAUUGUUGUUGGGAGUUCGUUGAGGUGUGUGGUGCCAACAAAAAAACGCCGUCGAGACGAGAAAUCCAGAGUUAGAUCGCCUUUGAAACGGUUCAAGCGGGAAGUUUCUCUAAAAUAA